GGUGUAGCGUGUGUCCGCAGCUGUUCUCCUGCGCGCAAAGACCGUUAUUCAGAGCGCAUUACGUAACGCGAUGGUGUUUACCUGAAGAGAAGCAUUUGCGUUUUUGAAACCAACAACUGGAAAGUGGAGCAGCUGUUUCGCGCUUUAAGAAGCGGACUGUUCGUCGGACCCGAAGGGUAAUAAUAAGGACGAUAUUCUAAGGAAAGAUGGCCUCGGCGGGUCUGGAGCUGAUUGGCCUGACGCUAGCUGUGCUCGGCUCGCUGUUAGAGAUGACGGCGUGCGGUCUGCCCACGUGGAAGGUGGCGGCACACAUUGAGGGAAACAUCGUGGUGUCGCAGACCAUGUGGGACGGCCUGUGGAUGUCUUGUGCUGUGCAGAGCACGGGACAGAUGCAGUGUAAGGUGCACGACUCGAUGCUGGCGCUCAGCGGCGCCAAGCAGGUGGCGCGCGCGCUCACUGUGUUCUCGUCCGUGCUGUGCGUGCUGGCGCUGCUGGCCGUGAUCGCCGGAGCGCAGUGCACGAACUGCAUCCGUGCCGAGCUCGUAAAGGUGAGACUGGUGAACGUCGGAGGAGCGCUGUACAUCGUCAGCGCCCUGCUUUUACUCGUGCCCGUCUGCUGGAUGGCCAACCAGAUCAUCACCGACUUUUACAGCCCGCUCGUGCCUACGUCCCAAAAGAGCGAGAUGGGCGCCGCGCUCUACAUCGGCUGGGCGGCCGCGGGCCUCCUGCUGCUGGGCGGCUCGGUGCUCUGUUGCUCGUGUCCGCCAUCAUCAGCGGCCAGUACGGGUUACUCAGUCAACUACGCGCCCACGAAAAGAGCCACGACCAACGGAGACUACGACAAGCGGAACUACGUGUAAAUCUACAACUGGAGCCACGCGUGAAGUCAUGUCUACUGCGGCCUGCAUACCCCGCUAACUGUGCGCCAUGUGAUCUGCGCCUAACACUUAGUACACUAUUAAGAAAAAAAAAUUCCACCCAGCACCCUUAAAGUUUUUUUUUUUUUUCGGUUUUAAAGCUUCUGUGUUGAACCCUGCAACAGAGGAUUUCACUCCCAAAGUUCCACGUAGACUUUGUUUAGAAAGCUCGAACCCUUCACCGUCCAAAGAAGCCUUGGAGAGCUCUUUUCUAAAAAAAUAAAAUAAAUAACAGUCUGUCAAAAUAUAGCGGCAUGUAGCUAUUUCGGCAUAGUAGACUAUUCACAUUGAUGAAAAUGUGGCAGAAGAAGAGAGAGGUAGCCAAGCAUUGUCCCUAAAACUCAGGCCUAAAUGUGAUUCUGUAUUGAGUUUAUUUACCACUGUACUAAAGAGCAAAGGGUGGCGUGUCGGACGAAUCGUGGGUGUUUUCUUAUAGCCUGUGUGUCUUCGCACCUGUAGAUUUUUCUGUCUAAACCUAAAUGUAAAUGACCUGUUUUCCCCCCUGGUCAUGGACUCUUACUGUCUCAUGUUGACUUUUUUUGGACUUUCGAAACUCCCUGUUUUAAACAUCUAGGCUAUGCAUUUCCAAUGGCUAAAAAGGACAGAACCGCCUUGAUUUCAGCCCAAAAUUGCAUUUUUAAAUAAUAGUUUCACUGUUUUGACCACAAUUAUUUGCCAAAUCCUUAACAAAACAUGAUGAUGAUGAUGAUGAUGAUGAUGAUUAUAAGAUUUUAAUUAACAAUAAAUAAUAAUAACAAUAAUAAUAAUAAUAAUGUUGAUUGUUUUCAUGGGUUGGCUGAAAGUGAUC